UUUUAGAAAUUGGGUUUGAUUGUAUUGUUGAUUCCAUUUGAAAUAUCUAACCUUUUUAUUCUAAAUGCCGUCUAUAACUGCCUGUAACUGAAUAUUUUUCUCUCUACAAUUUGGUUUCUUUGCGGGUUGAAUUGGGACUGGUUAUAAUAGAUCCAACUUUCUUGAUAGCCACAAAGAAAGAGAAACCGGUUCUUCUGGAAUCUGUUAUAUUUCAGCUCGAAUUUUUACUGGUAUAUUUAAGGCACCCUACGUGGUUGAACUGCCCUAUAUAUUUUCCGUUCAUUUUGAGAAUUUUCAAAUAUUUGUCCAUGACGAUUGGAAAUCUUGCUCCAAAGAAGGAGAAUAAAUCAAGGAGGGGCAAACAAGUUGUUGAUGAGAAAGCCCCCUUACUUCCCAGAAGGCAUGAGGAGGAAGUUGGUGAGUUCAAUGGGGCUUCCUUUACAGGGGCUGUGUUCAAUUUAUCAACAACAAUUGUUGGUGCUGGAAUCAUGGCCUUGCCUGCCACCAUGAAAGUGUUAGGCCUUGGUCUUGGAAUUGCCAUGAUUAUCUUCAUGGCUUUCUUGACCGAGUCCUCGAUUGAACUGUUGCUUAGAUUUAGCCGGGCUGGAAAGACACACUCGUAUGGAGCCCUAAUGGGGGAUGCUUUUGGAAAAGUUGGGAGGAUAUUGUUGCAGAUAUCUGUUAUGGUCAACAACAUUGGUGUACUCAUUGUCUACAUGAUUAUAAUCGGUGAUGUGCUUUCUGGAACAUCGUCUAGUGGAGUACACCAUGCGGGUCUCCUUGAAGGGUGGUUUGGAGCACACUGGUGGAAUGGGCGUACCUUUGUUCUUCUUGUUACGACUCUAGCAAUUUUCUCUCCCUUAGCAUGCUUCAAACGUAUUGAUUCUUUGAGUUUCACAUCUGGGUUAUCAGUUGGUCUGGCGCUGGUGUUUCUCAUUAUCACCGUGGGAAUAACAAUCAUGAAGUUGAUAAGUGGAAAUGUAGCAAUGCCACGAUUGCUUCCUAAUGUUACUGAUUUGUCAUCAUUGCUGAGCCUCUUUACCGCAGUUCCUGUUCUAGUCACUGCAUACAUCUGCCACUACAAUGUUCACACUAUUGAUAAUGAACUUGAGGACUCUACUCAGAUAAAAGGAGUUGUGCGAGCCUCACUUGCUUUAUGCUCAAGUGUUUAUGUCUUGACAAGUGUGUUUGGAUUUCUCUUAUUUGGUGAAUCAACUCUGGAUGAUGUUCUUGCUAAUUUUGACACUGAUCUUGGCAUACCCUAUGGUUCCCUGCUUAAUGAUGCUGUUCGUGUGAGCUAUGCUGCCCAUUUGAUGCUUGUAUUUCCCAUUGUAUUCUUCCCUUUGCGCCUCAACAUAGAUGGCCUGCUCUUUCCCUCAGCUAAGCCUUUGGUUUUGGACAAUAAGAGAUUCGCUUUGAUGACCACUGUACUCAUUACUAUGAUCUUCUUGGGUGCAAAUUGCAUACCCAGCAUCUGGGAUGCGUUCCAGUUCACAGGAGCAACUGCUGCAGUGUGUCUUGGGUUCAUUUUUCCUGCUGCUAUUACUCUUGGGGAUCGUCACAACAUAGCGACAAAGAGAGACAAGAUGUUAUGUGUGUUCAUGAUUGUCCUGGCUGUAUCCUCAAACCUGAUAGCCAUAUAUAGUGAUGCCUAUGCCUUGUUCAAAAGGAAUUCGUCGCCUCGUGAAUGAUCCGACAUGUUACUUCUCCUUUGCAUUCAUGGAGAAACCUGUUUGGCAGAAACAGAAAAGCCGGUUUUUCUGGGAAGGGUCUAUCUUAUGUUUGGAUUUGAAUAAGAUGAGCAUUCCAUUCCAGCCAAAUGUGUAAAAUAUUGUUGUCAAACAAGUGGAUGGAGCUGUGGAUAUCUUCUCCUCCAGGACUCCACAUAUGCAUUUGUUGUACUGUUUGGACUUGAUUUUUGUAUCUUGUGUGUACUGGAAGUCUGGAAUGAACUCUGGAAAUUGAAAUGUGUAUCAGCCUA